AUGUGUAUUGCGGCCGCGAAACCUGAAGCCCAUUUUUUCCAACUCUCUAAACCACCUAUCCGCACAAAGUCGAAUACGGCCGCACUAGGCCUUUUUUGCUCUCAGAUUGCCUUAUCUUUGAUACUUGAGCAGGGCGAAGAGCUCAAGCUCUCAUUACCAUUGAAGUUCAACCGAGGUUUGAGCUACUGUUCCAUUGAUAAAUCAGAUGGUGUGGUUGAAAGAAAACAUAAGUAUACAGAAGAACUUGCCCCUAUACAUCACAGCAGAAUGGCAGGAAUUGAUUACACAGAAGCAUUCUCACCAGUGGUGAAAAUGACAACAGUGAGAGCAUUGAUAGCCACAACAUUUAAGAAAGGUUGGUCCAUAUCUCAGCUAGAUGUGAAUAAUGCUUUCCUUCAUGGGGAUCUUAAUGAGGAACUAUAUAUGCAAGUUCUAUCUAGACUUGUUGUAAAUAAACCUGGACUGGUAAUUGGACAACUCAAAGCCUUCUUACAUGAGCAAUUCAAGAUCAAGGACUUGGGCCAAUUGCAUUAUUUCUUGGGGUUGGAAGUCAUGUACAAAGAUGAUGGUGCCAUUAUAUCCCAAAGAAAGUUUGUGCUCGACUUGUUGAAAGAAUACAAUUUCUUAGAUCACAGCUCUUGUUCUUCACCCUUAGAUCCCACUAUAAAGCUAAAGGCCAGGGAAUGCACUAUUUUACAGGAUCCUACUUAUUAUAGAAAGCUGGUAGGUAAGCUGAAUUUCCUAACUAAUACAAGGUUGGAUAUUGCAUACAGUGUUCAACAUUUGAGUCAGUUUAUGAAAGAGCCCAAAGAGACUCAUUUGAAAGUAGCAUUUCACUUGCUUAGAUACCUGAAAAGUGAUCCUACUUUAGGGAUUUUCAUGUCAAAAGAUACGGAUCACAUAGUUAGAGCUUAUUGUGAUUCCGAUUGGGCAGCUUGUCCAGACUCCAAGAGAUCCAUUACAGGUUAUUUGGUGCUUCUAGGCAAUAGUCCCAUCAGUUGA